GUGAACAAGUUGGAACUACAGCAAGCAGUAGAACGGAACGAACUAGACGAGGACUGGUCGGUGGACUAGGAGAUGAGCAGGAGGAGCCACUAAUGGUAAAAAAGGGCAAGACAAAUAAAAGAAGAAUAGUACACUCAUCUGCCAGCUCGAAGAGGAUGUCUGCUUCUUCGCCUUCGCCAGAUGAAUCCCCUAGUACACCAGAUGAAUCUCCUACACCCAAGAAGUCUAUCGGCGAUCAAAAUCUUAUCAGAAGUGCUCUUGCUACUACUGGGGAAGGAGAUCCGUCAAUGCUAGCAGUGGAGAAGGAGACGGAGAAGGAGACAGCUGACACUAAGAAAAAUGCUAAUUCUACUAGUACCAGUACGAGUACUAGUGCUAACCUGGCCUCCUCCUCCUCCUCUAGCAGCGCGAAAAACAACAGUAUAGUACUGUGUUCGAAGCACAGCGCAAACGAACUAGAAGUAACAAGAGAAGGCGGCGAACAAAGUGAGAGCGACUUUCCCGCGUUUCCGAUGCCGCAGCAGGGCGUUCGCAAUGCUAGACGGCGUGGAGCGAGCCGUGCUCGUGCUCGUAGUAGAAAUAGCGUGAGCGUAGUGCCAUUAUCAACAUACGAUCAGCAGUCAGGCGACUACACUUGGGACAGCUCAAGUUUUCAGGCACCAGGUGGCCGUCGUCGCUCCCCCUCUCCUCCACGACGCUCUCCAACAAGAAGUUUGGGAAGAACCACGUCUAGUAGGCAGAAAAUGGCGCCACCGCCACAUCCUGACUUCCUUCAGCGAUCAGUAAUAAAAGACCGCGGUGAACAACAAGAACGGAAGAAUCAAAAGACUUCUGCACUAAGAACUAGAAGUAGAAGUAUUAAUAGAGCUUCAACUUCACCACACGCGCACGCCAUCCUGAGAAGCCCCCCAAGAGCGCGAGGGAGCAUCACGAAAAAUAGCAAUAAAAAUAAUGACCAGACGAGUUCCUCUACUGCCACCUCGGGAGCUGACACCGCUUCCAACAGGAACACCAACAAGCCUCCACGGUACAUCAAAAGACUCGAAAACGAUGACGAGGAUGCAGUUUCUGGAGAUGAACUACAGCCCGGUGCAAAUGAAUGCAGUGGAGAUGGUCCUGCGGGCGUAGCAGAAGGUCGUCCAAGCAUGGCACAGGCUACUCGCCCAAGCAUUGCACAGGCUAGUACUCGUCCGAGUCGUAGUAGAGCGUCGAGUGUCUCCGGGAGAAUGGGUUUGCAGAGAGAUGUAGUGCAACAUCAACGGCAACCAUCAAUCCCACGAAAUUGCAAUAGUACAGUGCCUUCUUCUACCGCGAACGACAGAACUGCUUCUGAGCUAGUAGUAGUACAAACAAGAAGACCAGAACGAGGAGAAGACUUUGAACUAGGAGGACAAAGAACAGGGCAUCAUCACCAUCAAGUAGAGGGAGUAGACGCGGCCCGGGGUCGAGGCAUGACACCAAGGAUGCAACGGCCGGCCACUUCUACCGUUCAGACGCAAGGAAAACAUGGUUCUUCUAUUGGACUAGGGCCGAUAACGUUCGAGCAUCUGAAAAAUCUCUCGAUAUCGACAAUAAAAGUUCCGGUGAGCGGCCGCGCAACUGCAGGCGCUUCCAUAAUGGGCGGUGUUCGUGUUAAUCCACAAAAUAUGACAGGGAUAGCAAGAAGGAGCGGAGUAGACGGCUUAGGAGCUCUGGACAAUAGUGCGACUCCUGCGCUUUCAAAGUCGCAAUGCCUUGAUCCUGGGACGGUGUACUCUUUAGACGAUUUUUUGGACUAUCGUCCCAAUAGUGCUUUGUACCUGAAAGAUCGUCGCGGCGCAGCUAUCUUCUCUCGCCGCUUGGAUUCUGCCGCGUCUAGCUUGUUCUCUCGUCCGUCACUCACGCCUUCAGAAAGUCCAAGGGAGGUAGGAGGAGCCUGUCCUAUAGGAGCUUCUCCCACCUGCGCCUAUAAAAAUAGCACAGCUCCUGGCACAGGCACUUCUAGUUCUACAGCCUUGAAGCGACGAAAGAUUCAAAAAAUAUUCGCGGACGGACAUUUCUGGGAACUAGUAGAAAUCUCCUACGAAUCAAGGUCUUGUAGUCGCCCCACAACUAGUGGUUCAUCUCCUUCUCCUGUGGUGAUCUUGAAGCAAGCCAAGGAGCAGUUACCAGCAUCGCAAGUUUUGAAGGUUUUGGCUGCUUGCAAUAAGCGACACGAAAUGGAGGACUUACGCGAAAGCAAAAAACGCAAACUAAAUGCUUAACCUCAACAUGGAGGAGGAGCCCUGAAUAAACGUCCCCUUCCGCCCCCUCCGUAGUUGGUGGUUCACCGAAAGCUUUCCUGUUCCAACGAAGGGCAAGACGCGAGCUUUGCUUCAGCAGUUGCACCACAGAUUCGGCCAUUGUGAAUGUAUUCCCUUGUGAGCAUGAUGAUUUCCCUUCUGAAUGUAUUCCCUUGUCGCAGCAUUGUGAAUGUAUUCCAUUGUCGUGAGCAGCCUUCUUAGUUUAGCGUUAAGUGCAGAUCAUCAUUAAGUGAGCGUUAUAGGCAAUAAAGUCAUGUGAUAACCUACUCGCUCAUUGAAAUUGUUUUUAUGAGUCAUUCAUUUUAACGGUUGUGAUGAGGGUUAGACUUAGACGGGACAAUUUUUACGUACCGAAUUCGAAUCCAUAGCAGAUUUAUCAACUCCUUUUUCCGAUCACGAAGUUGUACUUCAGGUGAAGCCACUUGCAUAAAAAAAAAAAAUCGUUCUUUUUCCUUUCAUCUGUUCUCAUACUCUUGUUAAGAGAGUCCUCAGCCCACUUCAUUUAGUUCUAAAGCUCUAAGAGACUCCUCAGAGAUAACUGAAAUUACGGAUUAAUCACAUUUUUUAUCGCGGCGAAUAGCAGGAACAGUGUCGGUUGCAAGGAAUACUUGUCGGAUGCAAUAGAUACUACUGCUGAUAUGACAUCAUGCAUGCGCAGCUGCUGUCUUAUAUCAUAUGAUGCGCAUCGUUGAUUCGUUGUUCCUAAUUCGUAUUUCCUGACGAUGAAGAUUUCUGCUACUGAAUACCUCAGUAGUUAGUCCAGCACCAAGACCAACAAUUUUUACCAGAUCCAAAGAUAUGGAAUUUUUUCUCAGCUUUUGUCUCGAACCUUCUUCUAUUCAACUUUUGCUCUCAUUUCCCGCUCCACUUCACCAUUUACAAGCACGCCUAUGGCGACACCCCUGUAACCUGUGUC